GCGGCGGUCAGACAGGAGUCACAAGACCUCUCUGAUUGUGGGCUCGCCAUUCGGCUUGGACUGGAGGAGGAGGUGGAGUCUCAAAGGUGGGGAGGAGAAGGAGUCGGAGAUUGUUUUUUUUUUUUUUUGUUUUUUUUUUUGACACAACAGAAACAACGAGAGGAAGACGGACUGGAAGGUGGAAAGAAAUAUUAACUCGUGUUAAGGCGCAAGACAGGCGAACCGAAGAUGAUAAUGCCAUAUUUCGUAGAGAGUUUCUGGGGGGAAAAGAACAGUGGGUUCGAUGUCCUUUACCAUAAUAUGAAACAUGGACAGAUUUCAACAAAGGAGUUAUCAGAUUUUAUUAGAGAAAGGGCUACAAUUGAAGAGGCAUAUGCAAGGUCGAUGACCAAACUGGCCAAAUCUGCUAGCAACUAUUCACAGUUAGGGACAUUUGCACCUGUGUGGGACAUCUUUAAAACCUCAACUGAAAAGUUAGCAAGCUGUCAUUUAGAACUGGUGCGCAAACUUCAGGAAUUAAUAAAAGAAGUCCAAAAAUAUGGAGAAGAACAAAUAAAAGCACAUAAAAAGACAAAGGAGGAAGUCGCCAGCACUCUGGAAGCUGUACAGAACAUUCAGAGCAUCACUCAGACCUUACAGAAAUUCAAGGAGAACUACAACGCAAAGAGUGUCGAGCAGGAGCGGUUAAAAAAGGAAGGGGCAACACAGAAGGACAUGGAAAAGGCAGGGCUGAAAACAAAGAAAGCUACAGAAUCCUACAAAUCUUAUGUGGAAAAAUAUGCUGUGGCCAAAACAGACUUUGAACAGAAAAUGAGCGAAACUGCCCAGAAAUUUCAGGAUAUUGAAGAAGGUCAUGUUCUUCAAAUGAAGGAGAUUAUACAGUCAUAUUCACAGUCCAUUGAAGAGACACACUUACAAAUAGGCCAGGUUCAUAAUGAAUUUGUAAACAACAUGGAAAACACUACAGUGGAAAGCUUGGUGCAGAAGUGUGCUGAGACUAAAGGAACCGGCAAAGAAAGGCCUGGACCUAUUGACUUUGAAGAGUGCAACAUAGCCAGUGCAACAGAAGGGGCAAAGCCACGUAAAAGAAAAACCUUUGGGAUACCAGGUCGAAGGAAAGAUAAAGAUACUGAUUCAACGGAAUCCCCAGAUGCCGAGUCAGUUAAGACAUCAAAUGGAGCCCCCUCUGGCUACUAUGGGAGAAUAGAUUUACAGAAUGCUAAUAUUCCAGAGGUUGACGACGAGGGAUUCUGUCUCAAGCCAGAAGUUAAUGAGAAUGAAGCCAAAGAGAACAAUUUCUACUCCUCCAGCGACUCUGAAGAUGACGAUGAACCCAGAAAGUUUCAUGUGGAAAUAAAACCUGUCCAACCCAACAAUGGAGACCAUCAAGCAUCGGCUUCGAUAGAUGAACUGAAGGCCUCUAUAGUAAACAUAACACUCUCACCAUUGGCAUCGGCUCAGAUGAAGAGAAAUUCACCCAGACUGUCAGGGUUGCUUACACAGUCAUCAUCAUUAGACACGCAGCUCGUUUCCGGUGAAGACUUGGUCAAAUCCAGACUUCAGGCAUCAUAUAAUAAUGAAAGCAGACGAGUGAACAGUGACCUCCUCUCUCUGGACCCACUGUUCGGGCCUCCUCUUGAGUCAUCGUCUUCAUUGUCCUCUGUUUCUACAUCCUCAACAGCUGUUCCUCCCCUUUUCCAAUGCUUUCGUACCUCUGUCCAAGCUAAAGAUUUGGCAGUAUGUUCUUCCAUUGCCACAGCUGAUCUAAUGCUGCAUAGUGAGAUCUCCUCUCUGUCCAGUUCUCCUAAUGCUUCAGCUUGGGUUCCAGAUUCAGGCCACAAGACCCCUCCCUCAGAGCAUUCUAAAUGCCUAGAUCUAAGCAAUGCUGUUACUGUGACAGCUGCUCCAGAAAGCAUGGACAUCCUGUCUUCCUUGUCUUGGUCUCAGAGUCAGUGGAUAUCAUUUACUGAUGAACUGAUAUCAUACAGACAUUUCAAUGCAAGCCCAAUGGAGCCCCAAAGACUGCAGUCUAAAUCUAAAACAAACUCUCCAUCUCCAGUUGCUUUUUCCUCCUCCUCCUCCUCAUCUUCUUCCUCCUCUGUUAAAUGCAUUUCUAAUCACCUGAGUGAACUUUGCAGUGAUCUCACAGACAGCACAACAUGGCUUAUUGAAGAAAACGUCAGAAUGACGUCCUCUUCUCCAGCACCAGUGGAUAUAAACUUAGCACCUGUUCUUAAUCCCAAACAUAAUGUGUCUCAGCCAGCCAGACCUGCAACUCCUCACACUACAGCAGUGUCUCAGCCGGCCAGACCCACAACUCCUCACACUACAGCUGCAAUAGUGCCGCCGCCACGACCAACCUCGCGACCAAAGCUCUCUGCAGGAAAACUUGGUGGUAUCAAUGAAAUAGCCAGACCGUUUAGUCCACCGAAGAUAACAAAUGCCAGCCCACCCCCUGCAGCCCCCCUGGCUCGUGCAGAAAGCACUUCCUCUAUAUCGUCCUCCACGUCACUCACUGCCACAAGUAACCCAGCUGUGGAGGAUGAUGUGUUCAUUGGGAAACUGCCUACAUUUGAAAAGCGCUGUGAGACACCAGCAGGGAUUUCUCGGGGUCCUAGUCCAGUUAGCCUUGGAUCUCUGGACUCGCUACCUAUUGCAGCAGCCUUCACAGAGUCUGUCAACGCCUACUUCAAAGGAGCAGACCCCUCGAAGUGCAUUGCAAAAAUUACUGGGGACAUGACUGUGUCCUUCCCUACUGGAAUUAUCAAGAUUUUUACCAGCAACCCAUCACCACCAGUAUUGAGCUUCAAGUUAAAGAACACGAGCAAACUUGAGCAGAUUCUUCCAAACCAGCAACUUCUGUACAGUGACCCAUCACAAAGUGAUUCUAAUACCCUGGACUUCUGGAUGAAUAUGCAAGCCCUUACUGCCUACCUCAAAAAAAUGUCUGAACAGAAUCCCUCAGCUUCAUACUACAAUGUUGACAUCUUAAAAUACCAGGUCAUGUCAAAUGGAAUCCAGUCGACUCCUCUUAAUCUGGCAACAUACUGGAAGUGCUCUCCAAUCACAACUGAUGUCAGAGUGGAUUAUAGAUACAAUCCAGAGUCCAUGCUGACUCCCAGCAUUCUGGCAAACGUGCAGGUUCUGGUGCCGGUUGAUGGAGGAGUUACAAAUAUGCAGUCUCUUCCAACAGCCGUUUGGAAUGCAGAGCAGCAGAAAGCAUUGUGGAAGUUAAAAGAUAUAUCGGAGAAAUCUGAGAACGCAGGUUCAGGAUCCAUGAGGGCAAAAUUUGAACUUUCAGAAGGACCCUCUAACCCUGCCACACUUGCAGUGCAAUUCUUAAGUGAAGGAAGCACACUUUCAGGGGUAGAAAUAGAGCUGGUUGGCUCUGGAUACAGACUUUCCUUAACAAAGAAGAGAUUUGCAACAGGAAGGUAUAUGGCAGACUGCUGAUGAUUCUAAAACAAAAGACUUGGUCCCAGAAGCACAACUCUACUGGAGCAGCUUCAUCUGUUUGUUUCGUGGUCCUGUAAACAGAAACAGAAACCAUUUUUAAUAUCAAAUCUCAAGGUUUUGGCAAUAACUUUUGUUAAUUUUGUUAAUUCUGAAAAAAAGAGAAAUCUUUAUAAAUGUAAUUGCACCUUUUUAGAAGAAACAGUAAUAUUGACUACAUACAAUUAGCACUGAUGUGAUUUUUUUAACACUGUUUUAAAAACUGGGCUUUCAGGAAAUUUAUGAAAUUGAAAAUCUUUACUGCAGCUUGAUUUAUUUCAACUUUUGUAAAUCAAAACAGUAGUAUAUAGUCAAAUGUGUAUAGUUAAUAAUAUGUAUAAUAAUUAAAUAUUGGACUGCUAUAACUUAUAAGAACCUGCACUAACCAUCUUAGCGAGGGUAUAAUAAACAGGUUUAGAUGCAAUAUCCUGUAAUGCUUUGCAUAUGACAAUUAUAUUAAGUCUAACCGGGAUACUAAAAGAAAAUUGGUAUGUAAAUAUUUGCAAACCUGAGUGAAUUGAAUUCUGUGCUACUCUGCAAUGUUGUGUUCAAUCACCGUUUUAGAAUGGUUGAAUGGAAUAUCUGUAGACUACAAUUUUGCAAGCAUUUAUGGCUGUCGAUGUAACGACUAAUUAUUUUCUGUGAAUGCAAUGUGCCAUCUUCUGACAACUUUGCUUUAAAAAACUGCAUGGAUUUUGUAUUUGGUAUAAGUAGUUUCAUAUAAGUGUUAACUUUGGGUAUAGCCAAUCAGUUCAUUUUUACAUGGAUUAUGAUAACAUUGGUGCCUCUUUUUAAUCCGUCUGUCCCAUGUCUCAAUUAAUGUGCCUCUUUUUACCUUUUCAGAAUCUAUAAUUCCAUUAACUUUUUAGUAUGUGAGCACUGCUUUUGACUGUUAUGCAUACAAUUAUUUAGUGCUCUUAAAUAUAGUUGGAUUUUGAAGGGAAGGGCUGGAUACUUUGUUGAAGCUUGAAUUUAAAGGGUAUUAAAGUGAUACAGGUGGUGGCUUUUAUAAUACACUCAUUACUUGCUGUUCCUGCCUUUCACAAUCUUUUUAUCAUACAUUUUUUGGUGGUGUUUUUUUUUUUUUUGCAAUAAUACCAUAUAUAUGUAUUGUUGUUUUGUUUUUUUUUACACUCAGAUUCCUUCCUAAGGGGGUAUUUGCAAUAACAAAUGUGUUACUGUUAUGCAGGGGUUGUUCUUGCUUACAGUAGCUCUUGUAAUUUAUUGUAGAGUUGUCUCUGCUACUUCUUUAAAAAAUACGUAAUGUAGCAGAAACUCAAAAGAUGAAGACAGAAAGGUGAAUAGAAAAAAAAAAUAGAAAGUAAAUAAAUGUAUGCAUUUCCCUUCUCUGUGUCUUAAAUGUUGAGGAAUAUGCAGCUGCUUGUUGGAAUGUUGUCCAAAUGUAAGUGUAUAUUAUGAAUACCUCUGUGGAAAAUAUUUGUGUAACAGUUUAUCUGAUUUCCUGUGUGCCUAGUGUGCUUGAACUGAA